AGGGCGGGGCCCGCGCCGGCGGCGUGGAGCCUGGCGUGCGGGCUCGUGCUGCGUGCGCGCUGCCCCUGGCGCGCCCGCGGGCGCGAGGCCGAGGGCGGAGGGGGGCUCCGCCGUAGUGCUGGUCGAGGGCGGCGCGAAGCCUGGACGACAGGGAGCCUGGCAGCACCGCAGCGCCGCCUGGCAGCGCGCGGCGGUAACGCCCAACCUCACCGUCAGCGCCGCCGACAACAACACCACGAGCACCAGCACCACCACGGUCACGACCGUGGGCAGCACCGGCGCCUCCAACGGCACCACCACCGGCAGCGCCACCAGCAGCACCAUGAGCGCCGCCAACGGCAGCUCCGCCAGCGCCUCGACCAGCACGAGCACCAGGACGGCCUCGGCGAGCAGCACGCCCAGCACGACCAGCACGACCUCGUCCCCACAGGCGAGUGCGUCCUACGUGCCGGCCGUGCACCAGGCGCCCGUUGCCAACACCACCACCGACGAGCCUUCCCACGAGGCGCCACCCGUCACAACUGACGAGCCCGAGCCCUCCUAUCAGCUGGAUUUCGACGGCGUGUGGAACAUCAGCAGUCUGAUUAAUUGCGAGGAGGGUUUUGCCAACUGGGCACAGGACUGGUCGGACCUGAAGAAGGAGAGUGGUGCUGCGUGCACCGGCACACGCCCACGUGCUUGGACAUCCCGGGCCCCUCCGAGGGCUCCUUCGGGCUCCCCUUCGCGGGGGUCAAUACCCCCGCGAUCGUGCCCUCGAAGGACGAGGUGCGAGCCGACGACAUCUGCCAGUGCAAGGCCAGUUGGUCUUACGACAGCCAUGUCUACAACGGCUGCACCUUCACGCCCGGCAGCCAGGGGCACCUGUGGUGCUACGUGCAGGGCGGCAGGAAGUGCCUGAGGGCCACGCAGUCGCAGCAGUCGGACGAGUACUGGGUCCUCUGCAGCGCGGCCGGCAAGGAGUGCCGCGCCGGCGACGCCGAGCCCGACCGCGGCGCCGACGCCGAGCCCGACGGGCGCGCCGACGCCGAGCCCGACGGGGGCGCCGACGCCGAGCCCG